AUGGCUUUCUCACGUCUCUCAUUUGCUGCUUCUCUCAUCGUCUUCUCAUCUCUAAUCAUAUCCUCUGUUGCUUAUUACGGUGAUGAAACCAACCCUGAGACUGGAAAAUUGAUUCCAGUCGCCGUUGAAGGUGUUAUCAUGUGCAAGUCCGGUGACAAAUCUUACCCAAUUCAAGGUGCUACGGUAAGAGUUGCAUGUGUGAAGUCUGAUGAAUAUGGCAAAGAGAUAGUUCCAAUCUCGAUCAUGAGCAGCAAAAGUGAUGCUAAAGGUUACUUCUUCGCCACACUAUUCCCUUCGCAGCUUCGUGCAGGAAGAAUGGUGACUAAAUGCAAAGCUUUCCUUUACGAAUCUCCAAUCGCUGAUUGCGAUUUCCCGACCGAUGUGAACCACGGUGUGAGAGGAAUGCCAUUGAGCAAGUACCGUGUUCUUGAAGACAAGAGUUUCAAGCUUUACUGGGCUGGUCCUUUCUUCUUCACCUCUGAACCUACUUACUACUAA